UUUUGAAUGUGGGACCGCGAACCCGGUGGUGAGAUAAAUGGAUAAAGGCGAUAACGCCCGCUAUCAGGCGAGGGAGGCUGCCCGAUUAGGCGGCGGGCCGGGCCAUUCAGUUGUUCCAUUCCUUCGGGCUGCUGCGAAUCCUGUGCUUUGGACUUUUUUUUUUUUUUUUUUUUUAUUUUUUUUUUAUUCUCCUUGUAGUACUAUCUGGCGAUUUGACAUGAAUCCCUCGGCAGUGGAUGGAAUGCAAUGGCGACGAGCUGUGCUGGAUUCAUCCUUUUUGGCAGCCUCUGGUUGGUGCCGCCGCUUUGGUGAGCGGCACGGACCGAUAGCGGGUCUCGAGGGCUGUCGGAGGGAGUAGCGAAGGCUUUUGGAGCGAAUAGCAGGCUGGCUGGAUGAAUGGAUGGCACAUGGGAUCAAUUAAACAAUCGAUCAAUUGGUGCGUACAGCCCAGAGCCAGCCAGGCCGAUGAGGCUCGUGUUCCC